AUGGCCAGGCUUAGUGUCCGCGUGCUUGUGCCAAGCCUCUUGCUAUGUGGCGUGGGGCUCUGGUAUUUCUUGAGUCUACGGGCGCUGCCCCACGCCAAGCUGAUACGCGAGACCCUGUUUGACUCCAACAACGACCUGGUGUUCUUCCCCGGGUGCCAGGUGCCUGUCGCCAACGACGCCCCCCGCCAGAAUGCGGCGCUAGUGAUGCUUGCCCGUAAUUCUGACGUCGACGGCGUCAUCAGGAGUAUAGACUCGUUGGAACAGCAUUUCAACCAGUGGUUUAAUUACCCGUGGGUACUUUUGAAUGAUGAGCCGUUCACUGAAGAAUUCAAGCAGCGAGUGAGCCCUCAUACGGCUAACAUCACUUACCACUUAAUCCCUCAAGAACACUGGCAAUUCCCCGAAAAUGUUGAUGAACAGGAGAUGGUUGAAGCGUUUAAUCAACAGGCCGAUCGCGGGAUCCUUUACGGCGCGUUUAAGUCGUACCACCAAAUGUGUCGCUACUACUCGUACAACUUUUAUAAGCACCCAGCGGUGGCCGAACUUGAAUGGUACUGGCGGGUAGAGCCCGACGUCGAGUUCUUUUGCGAUAUCACGUACGAUCCGUUUGAAGAGAUGGCUAAGCAUAAAAAGAAGUACGGAUUUAACGUGUUGAUGCAGGACUUAUUCUACACUCUUCCUGGUCUCUACCGCACGGUAGCAUCGUACAUGAAACAAGAAGAUAUCCGAGUCCGUGAUCAGCGGCUCUGGCACAUGUUUAUGUUUGACGAUACUCGCCUCCACCUGUCGCUGGGCAAAUGGGACCCCAACGACUUUUCAGGGAACGUCAAUGAAGUGAGACGCCAAAUGAAGCAAAAGCUUUUGCAUCGUCGACUUGUGGCAGCAUCGUCCAAGGACUGGGCCAAGUUCCAACCGCUACUUAAUCAGGUGGCCCAGCAGGCUGGCACCCACCACCGCAAACUAUACCCGGACCGGUUCAAUGGCUACGACUACAAUUGGGGCCACUUCUGGACGAAUUUCGAGAUUGCUCGCGUCGACGUAUUCACCUCCGACAAGUACCGCAAAUAUUAUGACUACAUCGACAAGCUGGGUGGUUUCUGGCGCGAGCGCUGGGGCGAUGCUCCCGUGCGUCUGUUGGCGUUAGCCAUGCUUCUCACCGUUGACGAGAUCCACUACUUCCGUGACAUUGGCUACCGCCACCUGGACAUGUCUCACUGUCCGAUAAACGAUGACGGUAGUGGCCACCCCGCUCACAUUGGUUGUAACUGUAAGUGUACGUGGAGACACCAAGACCUUGAGGAGCGAGGAUCAUACAUGUAUAAACGGUGGAAACGUGCCACUCAGGACGGGUACAGUGUGCCGUUACUGAUCAACUUGGACGAUAUGGAGCGUGAGCUUCAAAGUCGGAUCGAUAAGGAUUUGAACCGUGGCGCUCACCUCUUCGAGUUGAUUGAUCAAUAA